AACGGUUUCCAAACAAACAUGGCGGCGCUGCUGUGGACGUUUAUAUUGAUGUAUUUUGGGAACACGGUUUGCGUUAAUAAUGCGAGCUCCAACCGAGUCAACGUCACUCACGUCGUGUCAAAGGAUACGUUUGUUUUUGAUAAAGCUUUUAAUUUGACCGGGAGACAAGAAAAUGUCACUUUAUCAUCAACGCCUCAGGUAUCAUCAACAGAGCAAAGUGUUAAUGAGCCAGUGAGGGAUAAAGGGACAGAAACCUCCACCUUUAACACCACUGCGUUUAAAACUACGGAGGAAUUCACUUUUACACCAACAGGUUUACAAACGACGGAAACACCGACAUCAACAACUAAAAGCAGAUUAGUUACAAACCCUACAACAGAGGGUGGGGGUAUUUCCUCACUGCCUUUACCCCUGUCACUACCUCAGGGGUCACUACCUCAACCUGUCACUGAAGUGUCUGCCGUGUGUCCAUGUAACGUACAGAGAGAGCGAUGUGAUAUAAACUGCUGCUGUGACCCAGACUGCACUCAGGAGCUGGCUCUCUUCACACAGUGUUCAGUGCAGAAAGUUGUCGGAGACACAAAGCUGUGCAGUCAGGACGCAGCCCUGUACACACUCACUGUAACUCCGCAGGGAUUGUCCCAAGUGAUGACGUCUGUCCAGCGACAAAUCAACCCUGAUGUCUUCUGCAUACAGUCUGCUAACUAUGAACAGGGCAUGUCCUUCAUCACCCCGACAAUUCCCACAGAGAACAACUUUGACAGUCUCUUCGAUCGCUUCGUAGGAUUCUUCUUCUCUAGCGGAGACGGACGUGCGCUAAAGACUCCGGCUCAGGGAAAUUCUCUGGGAUACGUGUAUGGGGAUCUCAUCCAGACGAUAGAUGAUGCCCAACAGCGAGGCUUCUUCAGGCUUCCAGCAUCUGCUACUGCGGCAAACUGCUUAGACACAAAUCCCGCAGCUUUUCUGAAGGAUCAGACGAGCAGAUGCACGAGAAGCUUCACUUUACGAAACUGCACCGAGCUAGAAAUGCUGAAUCUUAAUGCGUACACCAGUUUCCUUAUUCUUUCAGGGAAGGACAAUGUUGCUGAUCUGGUGUCUGUAGAAAGGGAGACCAUCACACUGCAGUCUCUAGAAGGCACACAAACACUGGUGCCGACGGAUGCUGACUACACACCCAUCUUUAAUGGUCAGAUCUGUAACAGGGUGGUGCUGCAGGUUAAAUACACGGUGAGGUUUGGUGACGCCGGACAGAUCGUGAAGGUGACGGCGUCCUUCGUUCUGGGUGCCGUCAAAGAAAGCACACUGCCGUUCCAGCAGGAGUUCCAGAUAACGUUUAUUCAGGAGACCAGCAGUGGCGCUACACGUCGUACCAGUGGAAAUCCUGGUUAUGUGGUUGGGCUGCCCCUUGUGGCCGGAUGGAGAACUGCAGAGGGAAUUAUCCUUAGCUCAGAUCCAGACAGGUCUCUCACUGUCUUAAAGAGUUCUGCAGAGCAGGAUUGUCUGCUUGGCCCGACCCAGCGCUCACCCGUACUGUUCGGGACAGAUGUGGUUUCAGGAUGCACCUUUAGGCUUGAGGACAAUGCAAACUGUUCGUUACUCUCCAAAGUUAUUUUGGGAAGACUGAAAGGUCAGAUUUUUCCAAAUUACGUGGCAUCUUUUGGGAAUUCUCUUCCUCAAAACCCCAUGGACUGGGUUCCUAUAGAGAACCAAACCACACCAACGGCCACACAGAGAUGCAGCAUUCCAGUGUCCUAUCAUCUCGAAGUAAGAUGGACCAAGUACGGUACCUUGCUGAACCCCCAAGCCCAGAUAGUGAAUGUGAUGGAAACAAUCCAGACCAACACCAGCACCUUGCCAUCUCCUUCAACCGGGGGUGUCAUCUCUAUCAUCUCCUCUGUGAGCUUUAUCGAUGUGUCUCUGUCAGCCAGCCCAGGAUUCAGAGCUCCUCCCACUAUCAACGCCAAUCUUCCCUCUGACUUCUUCUUCCCAUUUGUAUGAACAGAAAAAGGACAAGGAAGUGUUCCACAUGGAGAACAGUUCAAUAUGGACUCAACUGGCACCGCCUCAAGAACAUGGCACUAGUGGAACGGUUCAGUUUCAAGAGAAACCGGCGACUUGGAAGAAGUGAAGGAUGUAAAAUGAAAAAUUAACCUUGUUAAUUACAAGAGAUAUUUUGUGACAACACAGAGAGUUGUAAGGGAACAUGGAAUACAAUCACAGACAGAGAUUUCAGAUUUCUGAUUAUGGCUUUGUAAUUAGAAAAAGAGCAUCUUGUUACAGUUAUAUAUACACACUAUGUGUGAAUGUAAAGUGGAUAUAUAGUAUAGUAUACUAUAUAUAGUAUAUAUAGUAUAGUAUAUAGGAUCUAUAUAAUAACUUACAUAUAAAACUGAGGAUUUUAGACCUUGUUGUUGUUCUGUUUUGUCUUCUGUUAUUUACAUGCAGUAAUGUGGCAGCUGUAAAUAGUACAUUGUGUAUGAACUGUAUAUAUUGAACUCAGAUUCACAAUUUAUAAUAGUUUAUUCUGUAUGCAUAUUAUUUGUAAUUAAAUUAAAAAAAAAAAACAC